CGUUGGAUAGCUGGCGUUGACAAAAAUCUUGCUGUUACGUGUCAGAGCGAGUUUCUCACGUCACUUUCUUAACCUAGCUUAAUGUAACCCACUUUCGCGGGAUUCAGUUCGCGCACGCUAUGGCCUGGAGGGGUUGAUGGUGGGGAAGGCUUGAAGAAGGUAGGGUUGCGAAUAUUUAGGGACCGCAUAAACACACGAAUUCGCGCAAGCGUCCUUCCCGGCCUUUUGCACGAACGAAGAGAUACCAACCUCAUCGAUGAAUCCCUCAGUUUGCCGAGAACCGUCGAGCAGCGUGAACGUGACGCGUCCUGGUAUUCGUAACGGGACACGAGGGAUCGUUGAUUUUCUUUAUUUUCUCCAUUAUUAUUAUUAAAACGUUUUCAUACAAUUUUCAUUCCGUUUCACGUACCAACGCGACGAAAGUUCAAUCUCGAGUUUAUAAAACGGAUAAGGGUAUUUCUUUCGAAAGCCGCCUCUAUAAAGCUUCGCGGAUAAUUGAUCAUUCCUAAAGAGGAUUUACGAAAGUUCAUUCUCCUGGCACCUAGCCAGCAUACCCUGUUACUUCUCCUGGGAACAUUUGCAAAAUGGGAUUUCGGGAAGGAGCCAAAAUCCCUAUACCUACGCGAGUACGUGACUAUCACUCGGACUAGGGAAUAAAUAUUACCACAGUACGAAAGGAGAUCUCGUGACGUAACCGCUUUUACCGCAUUUUUUUUUAUUUCGUGGCAAUUACGAAAUCGUCAAAAUACAAAAUGUCCAAUUGACGCGCGACAAUAAUACUAUUUUCUGAGAUGGAGAAGAAUCUACUUUUUUUUUUCCUUCCGUCAAUAUAAACAGUCCCUAGGGAAAUCUUUGUAACGUUGUAAAAGUACGUGUAAUACUCGUGCAGGUAUCCCAACAGUGUAAAAACAAGAGUUAAGGCUACUCGGGAAUUAUGAAAAAGUUUCUUCAAAUUCAAAAAGGAUAUCAACGGAAUCUACAGCCGUCAUUGAAAUUCCAAUAGGAUCUACCAGAAGCCUGUUAAAAAUUCAUCCUCGCCCGCGGCAGAUGUACUGACUUACAAUGUCUGUGGAGGUUAGGGCAGGUCGACCAACCGUACCAACCGUUCCGCAAUCAAAAAGACCAACCAUCCUGAUUUAUCCAACUGUAUCCCCGGAGAGCAUCAUCGUACCCAUCGUCUCCUGUAUCUUGGGAUUUCCGCUGUUAGCGCUGCUAGUCAUCUGCUGUCUCAGAAGAAGAGCCAAACUCGCCAGAGAGAGAGCAAGACGAAGAAACUGCGACAUGGACCACGGCGCUCUGAGUCUUGUACGAUUCAGUCCUGUUCAUCGUUUAGCUUCUAAAGAAGAUCUAGCUGGCGUCGACCGGAACAGGACUAUUUCUCUCCGGAGUGAACGUGGUUCCAGAGCUUUUCCAUCCUUGGAGCUUGACACCGUCGUCGAGGAACGUUCUGAUCCUGAACAGAGCACUGCAUUGGAACUUAGUAGUCCUGACUAGCAUACGGCCCCUCCAGCACCAUCCAGGUCGAUCCGAUCUUCCAGGGUUUUGGAGGUGCCGGUUCCUGUCGAUCACAGCCCUCUGUGGACUGCCUUGACGCAUGCACAUACAGUUUCCACGGUCCUUGGGGAUACCUAGCAGGAAAUCGAGGGCACUUUCAUACAAGCCCUCGUACUCGACUUACCCAUCGUCUACUGAUAUCUGGAAAUGUAAAAAAUAGUUAAAAAAAGAAAAAAGAAAAAGACCAAAAAGAUUAAGAAAUUUCGAUAGCACUAUGACGUGACUCUAAGAGGUGAAAGAACAGGCAUAUGCAGCUGAUGAUUAGUUGUUGCACACGAGGAAUCCCUUGUUGUGGAUAUCAUGGAAUUAAAAGAAGAAACACUGUAUAAAGGACUGUAUGUAAAUUCAUAUGGAUAUUUGUUUGCAGAGAGUUAUUAUAAUGAUAUAGGGAGAAAGAGAAAAAGCGAGCAUCAAUUUAAUUCACAGUAUAGACACCAGAGGCGCUACUGAAAAUUUUCUACCUGGAUGAUUGUAAAUGAGGAAUUAGUGGAUAAUUAGUGCUAAUCUUUAUUAGUUGUUGCACUUGGGAAUUUUAUGAAGUAUAUUUACGUGCAGGUUGAUCAAAUCAUUGAUGCUGAUUAGAAUGACAGCACUUGUACUGUAAAUAAUAUAGACUGUGGUAUAUACAUCAUUUGUUAAUGCCGUUAGACGUAUGUGAAAUGACUGAGGCUGUAUAAUAAAGGAAGAAAUCUCGCAAAUCAAGUACUAAUCAUAAUGGCGGAUGUUACUUUGCCAAUGGGUGGAUGCUGUGACGCGAAAGCACUCUUGGAGAAAUUCUCUACGUAGUUGUACUACGGGAUUUAUUCGAUACGGAAUCGUGCACGCGGAAAAUUCAUGCUUUGUAGAUAUAUCCGUCGUGAUUUGUUUGGCUUUUUUUUUAUCGGGGAUAUUUUGUACUUUUUGCUUGUGAUUAAUCGUAUUAAACGUUUUCUAGAUAGUGAAUAUUUAUGAAGGAUUAUCUGUGGUUUUGGGCAUUUAUGCUGAUAGAGAUAUGUAGGCUGGACUGAAA